GCCGCGCCCGCGGCCAUGACCGAGUACAAGCUGGUGGUGGUGGGCGCCGGCGGCGUGGGCAAGAGCGCGCUCACCAUCCAGCUCAUCCAGAACCACUUCGUGGACGAGUACGACCCCACCAUCGAGGAUUCAUAUAGAAAGCAGGUUGUUAUUGAUGGAGAAACGUGUUUGUUAGACAUCCUGGACACUGCUGGACAGGAAGAGUAUAGCGCCAUGCGUGACCAGUACAUGAGAACUGGGGAAGGUUUCCUCUGUGUUUUUGCCAUUAACAACAGUAAAUCGUUUGCUGAUAUUAACCUUUACAGAGAACAGAUAAAGAGAGUGAAAGAUUCAGAUGAUGUGCCAAUGGUGCUAGUGGGAAAUAAGUGUGAUUUACCCACAAGAACAGUAGACACAAAACAGGCUCAAGAAUUAGCAAAAAGCUAUGGAAUCCCCUUCAUAGAGACAUCUGCUAAAACAAGACAGGGUGUGGAAGAUGCUUUUUACACACUGGUGAGAGAGAUUCGGCAGUACCGGAUGAAAAAGCUCAACAGCAGUGAAGAUGGGAAUCAAGGCUGUAUGGGAUUGUCUUGUGUCGUGAUGUGAUAAGAUGCCAAGAACACCUGGUUCAGAUCUAGCUGAUGGGCGAGUCUUGAUGCUGCUGUAUUGCAUCUUGGGAUGAUGCCCUGCAGUAUUUUGGUACCAGUUCAUUAAUACAAGGUCUUUUUCUGUGCUCCAUCUGAA